AUGACAGGUUGGGAGAUAGAAGAGUCGGAAAUCUGUCAGCUACAUAAAGUUAUAGAUAAUUUGGUAGAAAAAGUAGAACACUUGAACUUUAUAGUGCACGAAAAAGAUGAAGAGAUAGAAAGCCUCCAAAAUCGGGUAAUGCAACUAGAGAAACUGGAUAUCAGUUCGCGUUAUAAGCACGCCGAUAUCCUAAAAAAUGACAGCAGUAGCAGUAAUGGCCACAGCAGCAACGACAGCGACAACAGCAAUGGUAACAACGAUGGUAUCAGUAGCAACGAUGGUGACAACAGCAAUAGUAGCAGCAACAGUGAUGCCGGUAUGAAUGCCGGCGAGAAAGCAGAAGACAAUGACUCGAAAAAAGAAAUCGAGUGGAUAUGUUCUCAUAAACCGUUUACCAAGGUCAUGCCUAAAUUUACUCUUGCAUUCAAUCUAAUGGUUUCUCUGCUCUUAGUCGCAAAACCGCAAAAGAGCUAUAAAGUAAAGAACAGGGUAUACGUGGGUGGCUUGACCACCCAAGUGACGAAAGAAGCUCUCUACGUAGAACUUAACCUUCUCUUCGGCGAGGUCGUUGAUAUACAGAUACUAUAUCAUAGGUGGUGCGCCUUUGUGGAGUUUGCCCAGCCGUCUUCUUGCAGCAAAGCACUAGCAAGAGGGCAUAUAGAAAUAAACGGUCUAUAUUUAUCAAUAAACAAGAAUACAGUUUGA